CUUGCCAUACUGAGGUAGCCAAAUCCGCCGCUACACCUCCGGCUCUCCAGAUGCAUUUUGACCGUCGGUAGCAGCAGGAACCAGGGGGUUUAAACCCGAAUAAUCCACGAUGUCCUGGGUAAAAGCAGCGUCGCUCGGCGGCGAAGAUGUUUUCGACGACACGGCGGAUGAUCUGUCUUUACAAAGUAAGGAGUGGACGUCCAACAUGAAGAAACGCAUCAAGGACGGCUAUGUGGACGGAGUUAACGCCGGGGAGGAGGCCUCGCUCCAGGAGGGGUUUAACCAGGGGUUCAGAGAAGGAUCGGCGCAGACUGUGGCCGUGGGUCGCCUCCGAGGGAUUGUGAGCGCUGUGUGGUGCUGGUGCCAGAUCCAGCAUCCAGAGCAGCCCGCCCCGUCCUGCGUCGUCGACCUCCUGCAGCGGGCGACGCGCCUCGAGCAGGAAAUCGUAGACGGCAUCAGGAGCGCGCUGGAGAAUCCGCCUCCCAGCGUGAGCGACGUCUCAGAGAGCAUGGAGGACCUGGAGGUGAGGCGGGAGGAGCCGGGCUGUCAGGAGAUGGACUGCUGCAGGAGCGAAGGGGAAACGGACCAUCAGCAGAACCCCUGCGGGUCGGACGAAGGUCUGGACGUCCUGGUGCAGCGCUGCGUGGACGUGGCGUCAGAGCUGGGACUGCCACAAGAACUGAUGGAUCACAUAGAGGAGCUGAGGAGCAUCAGCCAAUCGGCGUGAUGCACAGCGACGCUUCAGCUCCCCGGGAUCCAUUACAAACAAGACUUGAAGGAAUUUGACGUGUAAAUAAUCUGUAUUCUAAAAGAUGCUUUGGAAAUACUUGAAUAUAAUAAUAA